GUGCUGCUGCAAACUUUGCAGUGCAAAGCCAGGCUGGGGAGCCAUCUUAAGUUGAGGCUGCAUAGGCCUUGUGGUGCAUGUGAUUCAGAUUCUAUUCAGUUGAACCUCUGGUUACAAAGUUGGUUGGACAGUGUUCUCGAAGCUACCAGCAUGAGUUUGACCAGACUGCUGGAGGACAGGAAGACUGGAGUGCCAGGAACAGGUGAGGCUGCAGGUCCCUUAUUUUGGCUGCUGGUCCCUUAUUUUCAAGGCUGCUGGUCCCUUAUUUUCAAAUCUGUAAGUUGACAGCUAUGGAGUAGAUAAAGAGCCCCUUCUCCUUUUCUUUGGAGAAAGGUGUGUGUGUGUAAAUAUAUAAAAAAGCCUCAACCCUCACCCAGUUAAUUAGCUCCACUCCUUUUUCUAAAGAAAAGGAGAAGGCUCUCUCUCCCUCUCUCCCUCCCUCCCUCCCAGAUAUUGCCGGACUACAACUCCCAUCACUCCUGACCAAUUGGCCUCCAGCUCCCACAUCCAACAACAACAAUAUGAGGGGCGCCAUUUUCACCACCUAUCCCUGACACAUCUGUCUGCAGCGUCUACUUUUCCUGAAACUGCCGCUAGAAAUUCAGCAUAAACCUCAGAUGGGGAUAGAAAGAUUCCUGACUGAAUAGGCACUGCCCUAAAAGAUAGAUAAAGUCCCCUCCCUGGCAAAGGGGGGGGGGGGAAUCGACGCCUUCAGUUUUCACUGAGUGACUCACCGGUGCUAGAGUCAGGGAUGGCUGUACUAGUAGGCCGAGCGAAACUUCCUCCCAGGCAGCUGAUUCAGAGUUUGCUGAAAGGGCAGCACAUUUGUAAGUUAUUUAAUUCAUUAUUGCAUUUAUUUAUUUUUUAUUGCUAGGGAAGCAGGGAGGUGUAGGUCUGGAAAAGACUCCUGCCUGAAACCCUGGAAAGCCAUAACCGCUGCUGGUCAACACAGAGAAUCCUGAGUUACAUAGGCUGACCAGUGGUCUGACUCUGUAUAAGGCAGCUUCCUGGGUUCUGUUGUAAUUUAUGUUGCAGUACUGAGGUCAGAACUGCUUGCUUGUUUCCUCGCAACAACGUGUGUGUGUGUGUGUGUGUGCGAAAGAGAGAGAGAGAGAGAGAGAGAGAGAGAGAGAAACCCCAAACUACUGGGAUAAGAAAUUGGAGAUACUUCUCCCAAGCCCAGGUUGCUGCUGUUAGAACAUUCUCUCACAUUCCGGGAUGGAUGCCAUUCUGGAAACUGUAGUGCACUUGACACCUCACUAACUCCCCAGAGACACUCGAGCUACUACUGUACGUCCUUCAGGUUUCUCUUUUAAACCAGACAUCAUACUAGCGAGUACCAAAGAAGCUAUGCAGAAGCUGUGAGACUAGAAUACAAGUCCUAAAGCAUAAUCCAAAUUCUUUUAUCAGGUUAAACGUGAAGGAAAAUGCAUAAUCAAUCAGAUAUUGUAGCCAAUCGGCAGUCCAGAGACGUGGCCAUGCGAGUCUGUUGCAGUCUUGUGGCACCUUAAAGACUAUCACUUUAUGGCAUUGGCCUGCUGUAGAGAACCUCAUGUCUGGGGGUUGAAUGCAAUCCUUCAGGUCUCCCUAUCUGCCCCUCCUCAGGCCACUCCCCUUAGGCCACUCACCUCAUCUUUCUUGUCUGGCUGGAAUGUGUCCUUGAACUCUGACCAUGCCUCUUGACAAUGGAUGGUCUUUCCCUGGUUACUCAUCCUCCAUUUUAUCAUUUUACUGAUAAGAAAUACAUUGGAAAACAAAAAGAAACAACUCCUAGCAGUGCUUGAGUUAUGCACAGAUCAUAGUUGGGGCCCUGACCUGGACUCUGUACCCCACUUAUUGAUGGCGCUACGUAAAUAAGAAAUGUGGCAUCAUCAACAACAACAAUAAUAAUAAUAGUAAUAAUAACUGAGCAGAAUAUUUGGGUUUAUACAACUGUGCUCCUGCUCUGGAUAAUCCACAUUCAACCUACUUUCCCUAUCAGGACAACUGGGCUGUGGUUCAAAGCACAUCCAUCUUUGGCAGCCAAUUGUACAAUUGAAAUAAACAGAAGUAGCUGCACAGAAGUGGUAUGGAAGAAGCUUUCCCAGGCUUGAAACCAGGCAACAGAGGAGAUCUGCUAUUGCUGCAGCUCUAUAGCAGAAGUUAAAUAAAUCCUAAACUCCAAAGCAAGGCAGCAGUGUUCAGAAAAACGCAAUGUGGAAAACAUGCUAUGAUGAUGGAACCCUUUCUAAGAAUCUUGAAAUAAACAGGGUUUGGUUUUUUUAAAAAAAGAUUUAAUUAAAGAUCAGAUCUAAUCAGGACAUAAUAUACCGUAACCCAUGUUAACAAGGAAAUUAAACAUUUUAAAAAGAAGCUACAGGGAGGAUCAAUAUCUACAACAAGGGAAACAGAUUUCCUGUCUUGCACGUCAAACUAGUAUUUUAAUAAACUAAAAUUUUAAUAAACUAACGUUUUAAUAGCAUUGGGACUUUCCGUGGUGUAGUGAUAAAUUCUGCAGGAGCUCUUCAUGAUAACCACCAUAGCCACAUCUCUUCAAGAUUAUACAACAAAAAUGAAUAAUUGGCCAAAGCAGACAUAGAAUCAUAGAGUUGGAAGGGACCACAAGGGUCAUCUAGUUCAACCCCCUGCAAUGCAGGAAUCUUUUGCCCAACGUGGGGCUCCAACACACGACCCUGAGAUUAAGAGUCUCAUGCUCUACCAACUGAUAAUGGUUGCAAUACCAAGUCUGCCUUUUCUCCUCCUAUCCCCCCCACAAAAAAACCUACUUUUGCUCAAUGUCUAGCUUGAAGAGGAGUUCUUCUGGUGGACUCAAAAGCUAGCUCACUAUUUUGUGUCCUUUCGAUAGCAUAGUAAAGGGAAUCAUCUAUUUCCCCACCAAAAUCGAAAUGGCUUUUUAACCCUCAGUCAUGCAUGCUAAUCAGUGUGACCCACCUCUUUCUCUGCUCAGCUCAUUUGGUGGGUUUCUCUUGGAAUGGGAAAAGCUUAUUUAUUUGGCACACAAAGGACUGGCAAAUAGAGCCUGCGUAUGGAUCAGAGCCCCAGGAGGUGACAUCAUUGUCCCUGCUGCGAAACAAGUGGGGAGCAAUUCCUGGGGACGUUAUUAUUUUAUUGGUUGAAAAAAUAAUAGCCAGUGCCACCUUUUAAUUUAAAUUAAUAGCAUAUCCUACCUUUCCAUUCAGAAAUGAAACGAAGAUGGAUAACAAGGCUAAUCAGCAUUCUGUCUACUCCUGAGCAUGUCAGUGCAGUUAAACUGCUUCAGGACCUCAUGGUCAAAUGGGCCUAUUUGGAAUGUGGAUUGAAUAAAUCCAUAAAGAUUUCUGUACAGUAGAGUUGGCCAGCAUUCUGGGGCCUGUGGACACAUUUGCAAGCUGGAGAAGGUGAAUGAUAUGUUUAAAUUGAAAUGUACUAUGUAAAACUUAAUAAAAAAAUAUUUAUAUAAAAGAAGAAAAGGAAGUGUCUUGGGCACCACACGCACACACACCACAACCAAGACAAUGGAAAGCUUCAGUGGGGAGGAGGAUCCUGCAGUGCCAUGGAAGGCCUCUGUGGGCACCUUUGUGUUGGCAAGCACCACACUGGCAUCUCCUGCUGUACUGUACAGUCACAUAACUGCAUCAGCACAACCAGGGCUUCCAAGUUGUCCUUGGCCUUGAUCCUAGGCCAGUAACUACCACCAGAAAUGCAGAAAUCAAGCAGGUGACUUCCCCCCAUUAUUCUCUUUUCACAGACCCCCUUUUCUUCUCUUUAAAAAAGUGCUAAAUAUCUUCCAUACUAUGUAGGACAACUGCGUAUCAGAGGUAUAGGUACAUCCGUUUCACCAAAAAGCAAGCGAAUCCAGGGGCAUUUUAAGGAUUAAGAGCUUUAUUUUGGCAUAAGCUUUCAUGGACUAUAGUCCAUUUCAUCAAAAAGUGAUAGUCAUGCCUGAGGUAAAACGCUUUGCUGGAGAAUUCCACAGGAGAUAUUGGGGAGUGUGUUCACCAACAACGGACAUAACUGCUUUUGAUGGAUGCUCCUAUUUUUCUGUGUGAAUCCAUAUGUAGUCUGCUUAAUUUCACUCAUUAUAUGAUUUGGAGAUGUGUGCAGCAUUAGGUGAACUACUGGCUGGUGUCAUAGGGAUGCGGGAGAAUUUUGCUUCUGUUUGCAUUUUAAGACAAACCUAUUUAAUUUGCAUUUCCUGUAACAACGUGCAAAACAAAACACAGCCAUCUUUCCCUGAACUUUGUGGUGAGGUUCUCCACCCAAAAGUGAUGUACAAAAAUGCCACGAUUUAGGAGAAACUACCGUAUUUUUCGCCCCAUAGGACGCACCUAGUUUUUUUGGGGGGAAAUAAAGAAAAAAAAUUUAUUUCCCCCCCAGGUGCGGGACUGGGGCGGGGGAAGCCCGAGCUUCCCCCGACCCCAGCACCCAGAACAGGCUGCUAUCCCACGUAGAGCUAGCGGAGGGCUGCGCGAAGCCCGAAGCUUGGGGCGUGCUGAGCUCAGCGCGCCCCAAGCUUCUGGGUGCCGGCAAGCUCUCCGCUAGCCAUGGGAGAGCUGCGUCUCCCACGGCUAGCGGAUAGCUUCCUGAAGCCUGGAGCGAGAGGUCGGUGCGCACCGACCCUCACUCCAGGCUUCAGAAGCUCAUUGCCCAUAGACGCACACAUUUCCCCUUCAUUUUUGGAGGGGGAAAAGUGCGUCCUAUAGGGCGGAAAAUACGGUAUAUGCAUAUACUCAGGGAUAGUGUAAAGAAAAAUGCACACAUUAGUGAAAAUGACAUAUAAAAACACAAUAGCGAAAAAUUGUACGUUAAGCAAAAUUGGAAAUGAAUCAGGCGUUAAAAUGCCAUUGGAGUUUUUGGGAGGGCAAAUUCAUGCACUAAUACAGAAAACGUGGCAAACUGAAUUUAAGAUGGUGGAAAUGAGGAACUGAGGGAAAUUAAAACGGAUAGAUUUGUUCCUCCCUGGAUGAGGGUGUUUCGAGUAUACCAAAGGGGUUCAUUGUGAUGACUGUGGAUGAUCCACUCAAGCAGCUUGUCCUGACAAUACAAUAUCCGCUCAUCCAAGCAAAGCUCCAGCUCUUCCCAACUCUUGGGAUAUCCUCUGAUCCUGUUGCUUGCUACUCCAAACUGUUCUCAUCCCUUCCAGUCCUCCUAAGGCAGCGUGUGCGUUGGGAACAGCCCAGACAGCGGAGCCUCGCCCUGCCACUCUGUCUCUCAGCCAGAGGGCAGGAAUGGUUGCAGCUGCUCCAUCUGGGUCCCUCUGGGCUGUUCAAUGUGAUUACACAGCACCGGGCUGCAAUCAGUGCAGCCCCAAUUCUCACAGGUAGCUGGCAACAGGCUAUAUAAGGGAGCGCCCAGGAUCCCCGUCUGGGCAGGGGGGACGCACCCCCCCCAGCCAAAGAAGGAGACGUCAGGGCAGGAAUGCAUCUGUGGGCAUGGGCAGACCUGGCUUCUCCCCUGCAGAGAUAUAAAUUUGGGUGGGAUGAGGGGCCUGUGGCCUUUUCCAAGACAGCGGAGCUGCAUUGGUGCUGUCUACGGUAAGAGAGCUCAACCUCAUCAGCAGAGCAGGGGGCCCCUGAGAACUCAUGCCCUGUCCCAGCCCUACCACAUGCUCCAACAACACCCUACCUUGGGACAUGCCUUGGGGAUUGGGAGAGCUGCCUCUUAACUCUCCUUAUCUGAGGCACUUUGAUCCAUAAAAGUCAUGGAUCAAAACAGAACGGCUCAGCUGCUCGCCAACUGGACAACCUCUUCCAUGGCCCAGUUGGUAGAGCAUGAGACUCUUAAUCUCAGGGUCAUGAGUUUGAGCCCCACCUUGGGCAAAUAUCCCUUCAUUGCAGGGGUUGGACUAGAUGACUGUCUCUUCCAACUCUACAGAGAGACUGGUCUCUUCCAACUCUACAGUUCUGUGAUGCUAUGACCCUCACCAGGGUGUGUCUAAAACUGGAGAUAUAAUAAUGAGGGUGUGGGGGCGAAAGCACAACUUUACUCUCAUCCCACUUCAGUGGGUCUGGACUGAUUUGCUCCAGAAGAGUGAAGAUGACACUCACUGAAGUGUCUUUGCAGUUGGAUACGUGGAGCAAGACAGCAUGGGUCCUCUUGAGAUGGUUGAUGUGCGCCUCAUGUUAGAGUGGUACUGGCGUUGGGUGGAAGCAGGAAGGAAGAGGGUUGGACUCUGUGCUAUGUAGGAGCCUGUUUCUCUCCCUCUCUCCCCCGCCCCCAAUAUUGAACCUGCUACUCCUCCAUCUCCCCACAGAUGUCAAAAGCUGCACCCAAGAAACCAGCAGCAGGUGCUGCAGCCCCUCCCCCUGCAGGAUUUUCCCUGGACAUAAAUGACCCUCAGGUGCAGAAUGCUGCCAUCCGCAUCCAGGCUUCCUAUCGUGGGCACAGGUGAGGGGGGUGGCAGGUGGGAGGAUGGGACUGUUAUCAGGGCUGGGCUGAAAAUGCACCUCUUUUGUCCCUGCUUUUGACACCCAAGAGUGGGUCCACCCUGCUCUUCUGGUGGUAAAUCAUUUUAACUUGUUUUCAUCUUGCAUGUUCAUAUUGUUGCAACAAACCCUAUGGUAAAGGAUGGGUAAAAAAAUCUAAGUAUUAUUAUUAUAGUAGUAGUAGUAGUAGUAGUAGUAGUAGUAGUGUCCAGUUGUGUUGAGAGCAGGAGAGCUUGUAGAACUGAACUUCAAGGCUGAUUAUGUCUCCAGUGGUAUGUGGUAUGGCUGUGCAGAGGGGCUCAGACCCAUAACAUCUCCACCCCAUCUGCAUACACUAUUCACACUUCCUCUUGUUCUGCUGCUCACCCCCCCCCCCACUGCUGCUGGGUUCCCGCCAGAUUGCCAUUUGUUCCAAUAUAUCACUUAAGAGCAGCUUUUCCACCAAAAAGGAGCAAGGCAAGCGGGAAACUUGGCACAGCACAAGUGGAAGGGUUAAUGAGCCCUGACCUUGUUUGGUGGUAAAAUCAUCAGAGGGAGCUCCCUUGGUUGUUCCACUGUCCUCAGAAGUUCAAGGGGUGGUGGCCUGGAAGAGGACAUUUUCCAUGUGGGGCAUCCCUAAAUUUUGGAGUUCCCACUCUGCAGAGGUGUGCCCAGCACCUUCAUCGCAUUCUGAAAAUACAUCUCUUUACCUUGACCUUUGAAUAUUUAUAUAUCUGUCUCUCUGUGCUUCUGACAACCCACCCUAUUCUUGUGACUCUAAUUUGUUUUAAACUGCUUUCAAUAUUGAGUUUUUAAAUUGCUGUGGCUCAUCCCUGGGCGCUGGGUAAUAAAUCAAAUAAAUAAGGCUUAAGAGUGUGCUCAUGAAGACAAAGGGCAACCUGAGCAGUAUUUUGAGAAGCUGUGGUGGUUCCAGAAUAUAGUUGUGCAGUGGAAGAGGGUGCAAGAGACGGCAGUCAUGAAAUGGAUGAGGGAGAAGGGCAAAAACCAAGGAGGAGGUGAGCGAAGCAGCCAGAGACUUUGGGGAGGCAGCAGGUGAUCUGGGAGAAGAGGCAACAGAGGACUGGCUUUAGGCAUGUAGCAAUGAGGGGAAAAACAAAACUCCAGCACAUGUGAGAACUGCAGGUUUGUCCUCUGCCAUUCUUAUUACAGCCCAAAACAUUGUCUGGAAUUGGGAAGUUUGGCUGCAUAAAGAUUCCAAAACUUUCAUGGGGAAGGGGAACUUUGGGGAUGGAAAGAAGGUGGACGGAUGCCUUGCUUCACUGGGAUAGUUUCUCCUUUGCUCCAUUUAACUAAAAUACUUAAAAUGUAGCACUCCUGGCAGCACACUUAGGGCUCACCCACACUUACCUUUUGCCCUCGCCUUUCUAGGCACAUGUCCACAUUUUAAAACGCCGCAUGUGAGAGUUGUUGUGGCCCCCCCCUACUUUCCCCAGGAAAACUUGCUCUUUAAUGCUGAAUCGGAACAAACAGCACUUCAGAGUUUCUGUGGAUUGCUGUUUGCUCCAAUUUAGUGCUAAAGAGCAGGUUUUCACAGGGGAAGAACCACAGCAAAAAAGGCAGGGCUCAGAUAUGGAGGUUUAAAACACAUACAUGUGACUAGAAACAUAGCACAAAAGGAAGUCUGGAUGAGCCCUGACUCAGGUGGCCUCAAGACAGUCAGCAUCUUGCAGGAAGGAUUGAGGCACAUACAGAAGUUUGCACAAUGGCAGUGCUAUGUUGCUGUAGCACAACAUAUCCACUUUUUAAAAUAACUGUCUUUUGUGGUUAGGAAGUACACUGUAAAGUGUGGGCUUAAUGUAUCGUUAACAGAAAGACGCACACACUCCUCCAAAGUAAAUCAGGAUGAAUGCCCAUUGCCAUAGAGCUACCGCCACAAACAAAUCGCCUCAAUGAAAAUCAGGCAUAAGCAUUAGCACCUUCAAAUGCAGUGAAGUCAUUUCCCCUUGCUGCGUUUCAAGCCACUCCUGCACACUGCUGUACACACCAGAGAGUGUGCAGGGAUGCCUUCACCUGAUGUGCAUCACCUCUUUGGUUUUCCUGCGUCUGCAACACACCCACCCUCCAGCGCCAAAUUCUGAUUCAAUGAAGCAGUGGUCUGUGUGUGCCAAUGGGUGUCUUGCAUGUUGGUACCUCAUCUUAACCUUGGCUUCUGCUUGCAAAUCGGAUGGAAAAUGGUUUGAGGGAAGAUGCAUCCAACAGCAGAAUUUCUCCAGAAACUACAGGAUAGACAUGAAUUGUGGCUAACAUCAUGUGCUGAGGGCUUCAAACACCAGCAGUGGGAGCGCACUGGAGCCAGAGUAAAUGGUAAUGAGUACACAGCCAUAGUCUAACCACCAGGUGAUCUUUGUGCAAGAAAAUCAGGUUCACACCUCAGCUCCUCCAUUCAAUCCAGUUUCUGAACUACUAGCAACCUCUUCAUUGAGGAUUCAUUCGGAUUUGGUUGCACAAAGUUUGUGAGCAGCUUAUAUGGCAUUGGCUGUUUAUUUAGCAUUCAUUUUGAUUUGUUUGCCGGGAGGUUACAUGAUGACAUGUCAAGGAAUUGUUAUCCCAUGAUUUCUAGUACGUUUUCUUGUCCCUUCCCCAACAAUAAUAAUAAUAACCUGGUUUUAUUUUAUUGGAAGCAGGUUUGUUGCACCAGAGAGCUAAAUCCACAUCAAUUGCACAAUCUGAAUUUUCUGGCACGCAGUUGACUCUUGUGUGCAAAAUAGCCACAGCCUUGGAAGCACCCAAAUCUCCCACCACUCUUGCUCACCACUCUCAUUUGCCUUGGAACUAUUGGCACAAAAGUUUAAGGAGGUAACUCCAACAUCAAAAUAUAAGCCAAUGACUAUGUUUUCCUCACUAAUUUUACUUGUUUUUAUCAAUUCUGUGGAGCUGAGGAGAAGAGGGAUUGAGUAAGAAGAAUUCUGUUGGAAGGUCCCAUUUUCCCAGUCAAUCAGAUUCUACCCAUUUAGCCACAGAGCAUUUACUAUCAUCAUAAUAUUGUUGAUUAAUUAGCUGCAGCUUGAUAACAUGUGGUUCUGAGUGGUUGGCAGGCUGGUCGGUGCUUGGCUGCUCCUUCCAGGCUGCCCAGUUGUGUCACAGCUGGUGGCUGCUGCUGUUAUCUCCUGCCGUUCUUCUGAUCUCUGUCUGGUUUGUCCCUGGGUACCAUUAGAGGCAGAGCACUUUGCCACCUCAUUCAUGGGGGAGAGGAGCUCCAAGAGGAGCCUUAAAGGCCUGCUGCUUAACCCCCUCCUCUCCACUACCAGGUCCCGCAAGGAAAUGAAGGAGAAGGGCCCCCCACGGGUGCUGAAGAACCUCACGGACGUGAUGCUGAUCGAGGGGAGCGCAGCCAAGCUGGAGUGUCGCAUCAGUGCCUUCCCCGACCCCUUCAUCCGCUGGUCCAAAGAUGGUGCGGAACUCAAGGACGGGCCCAAGUACCGCUAUGUCUUUGAGGACCCAGACAUCGUAGCCUUGGUGGUCCGUGACGCUGGCCUUCCUGACCUGGGCAAGUACACCAUCUCCGUGAAGAACCCCUUCGGAGAGUGCUUCGACUCGGCACGUCUCCUCGUGGAAGGUAAUACGGCCUGCCUCCCUUCCUUACAUAGCCACACACCCCUUCUAAACUUAGCCACGCACAUCCCCUGGGAAGCCAAGCCCUUCUUGCAAAGUUCCUCAUUACGGGGAGAUCUCAAUUUGGCACAUCUCAGGAGGGGAAGGUAAUAGCACUCUCUGCUCUGCUCCUUCAAGUCAUCGGCCCCCCCCAUUCCCUGCCCAUUUCUAUUCAUAGCCUUGUGUCUUGCGUAGAGAAAGCCAAGCCCCUUCUAACUUUAGCCAUGCCUCUGCCAAGACGUAGCCUUCUUCCUCCCUUCUAGAUCUCAUCGUGGCCCUACCUAGCUAUGAUGCCACACCUGAAGGAAGAGAAGAAAGGCAGGGGGAACCCUCUGAUGGCAACACAGGAUAGUUUAGUCAGUCAUCAGGAAAGGAGGCUAAUCCCUGAGAGUUCGGCCCAAGAGGACAGUCUCCUUUCACAACACCUACUGCCUCUAGGCAUGGGUUGGAAGGAGGAAACUGCAGAGUCUACAUCCCUGCACAGUAUACAAAAACCUGCAUAACAAGAAAUUGUUCUGACUCUCAACUUCUGUUCUACAGUGAACCUGGUACCUGGAGAGCUCCUUUGUAGGAAUUUAUUUACCUCGUUUCCCCAAGUAUACCUAUGGUGCAACAGGGUUUGCCAAGUAAAUAACUGGAAGAUAUUCCGUGGCCAUCAGACAGAAAUUCUAGAACACCUGGAACAGGACACAGCACCAUAACAAAACUCGCACCCCCAGCAUUAGGUCCUCAUGACCUAGCAGAGGAUUCUGCCGCCCGUCCCCUUGGCAAAAGAUGGCUAAGGAAGGGCCCUUCCUCUGAUCUCACCUGCUCUCUCCCUCUGCAGUGCCUGCCAAGAUUCAGAAGGGCCCAGACAGCACAAAAGCCAAGAAAGGCAGCACAGUCAACCUGACAGCCCACAUCAGUGGGGAGCCCGCACCGGAUGUUGGCUGGGCCAAGGAUGGCGAGGAUAUUGAAGAGGACGAUCGGUGAGUGAAAUUCACCACUGGUGUAAUAAGCUUCAUAGCACCAACACUGCUUGGGCAGGUGGGCAGCAAGGGGAGCCCAAGAACCAGGUCCCCCACCCCUUUCUUUCCUGAUCCCAUAAAAACUACUCAUUCGUGUUCAAAUCAACAGGGCUGAUGCAAUAGCUUGAAUUCUUGCAUGGGGAACGCGAUAACAUAAGCUUUCCUUUUUGAAAGAAAGAAGGAAGCACGUAGUUCUUCUGGUUAUUACAGAGGACCUUAAUGUGUAAGAAUCAAAGGACACGUGUGUUGAGUCAGGAUAAGUGUGAUUUCUUCAUUUAACACAAGUCCUGUUGAUUCCUAUGUUCUCAUUUGUAUUGGACCAGGAUGGAACUGACCUGGCAGAGCUAAAAGAAUCAGGAUCAGGGGCUUCCUUGCCUAGUAGUUAAUGGGGAGGAAGUGAGAGAAAGAUCAGCAUCUGUAAUUGCAGUCAUUCUGAAAUUCUUCAGUUUUGCAGCCCCUCAGCAACUUCCCCCCCACCCUGCAGCAUUGGUACCAUUCUCAAAGCCAGCACUGCAUUUUAAAAACAGACUUUAGGUCAGGCCAUCAAGAAAGGUGCUUUUAAUUAGUAUUUUGUUAUGGGGACGGAAUUAGUAGACUGUUCCAGUGCCAUAAUAUGAAAAUCAUGGGCCUUGGGGUAGAGUCUUGUUUUUGAUAAGUCCAGCCCAAGUUAAAACAGCCUUGACCUCCAUUGUCAAAAAUAAAAUAAAAUAAAUCAAGUGCAAGGCCGUAUUUUUGCUGGUUCUGCAGCCCAGUUUGUCAGCCUCGCCCAAUGGAACUGAUGGACUGCCAGUGGUCCAUGGGUCAAUUUAGCAGCUCCUGCUUUGUGUCCCAACACCAGCUGUCUCCAAGGGCCCUGACUUGAGAUUUCCACCUUUCCCUUCCCUGCAGCAUAUACUAUAACAUCGGCAGUGACUCAACAACUCUCACCAUCAAAAAGGUGUCGCCGGCGGAUGCUGGGAAGUACGAGGUCUUUGUGGAGAACAGCCUGGGCAUGGACCAGUCUUUUGCACGCCUUGAUGUGAUCUGAGCUCCUGCCUCCCCCUGCCUCCUGUACAGUUCCCCCCAAAAAAGAAACUCUCUGUCAUUGCAAAGUAUGGUCCAGGGCCAUUGUCCUGGAGAGAAGGCUGGGGAAAGCAAAUUAAGCCCUGCAAUGGCGCUGUAGGGAUAUCCUGUCCUGUCCCCCCUAAGAUGCAAUAGGGAGUCCUUCUCUCAUUGCCCCUUUGGCUCUCGCCAAUGUCAUUCUGCCAUACCUUUCCUGGCAAGAAUUCCCCACUGUGCCCCAGGGCUGAAUCCAUUUCUUGGGCAGGUGGGUCCCAUCUCCUUGCAGGCUAAUCACUUUGUGCAGCCAUCGCUGAAAUGCCUCCACUCCAAGGACGCAGAAGGGCUGUGCAGUCCUCCCAUCGGCAGCACCCACUUUCCCCCGGGCACUUCAGAGAUUGUGAACCAUCCCAGAAGCCUCCAGAUUCUUCCUGACCUGUUUUCUUGCUAUAUGAACUAAAUAAAACCAGCUGGUUGUACAGAG